AUGGGGGGCAGCCGGAGUGGAGAUGAGGAUGGAGUGGGUGCUAAAAUAGCUGAAAAGAUAGAUGAGUUCUUAUCCACUGGAAAGCUACGUAAAUUGGAAAAGAUUCGGCAGGAUGAUACAAGCUCUUCUAUCAAUUUCCUGACACGAGUCACUGGCAUUGGUCCUGCUGCUGCCAGGAAGUUUGUUGAGGAAGGAAUUAAGACUUUAGAAGGUAAAUGCUGCCCCUACCACUCUUUCAGAUACCUCUAUUUUUAUAUUUGCAGAUACUUUGAAGAUUUUGAGAAGAGAAUCCCGAGGGAAGAAAUGCUGCAAAUGCAGGAAAUUGUGCUCAAAGAGAUAGAGAAACUGGACCCAAGCUACAUUGCUACAGUGUGUGGCAGUUUUAGGCGAGGUGCAGAGUCAAGUGGUGACAUGGAUGUUCUCCUGACCCAUCCCAGUUUCACAUCAGAAUCAACCAAACAGUCAAAACUUUUGCAUAAAGUUGUAGAACAGCUGGAAAAAGUCCAUUUUAUCACAGAUGUGCUGUCUAAAGGGGACACCAAAUUCAUGGGAGUGUGCCAGCUGCCAGAUAGAGGGGAUGGAACAGCUCAUCCACACCGCAGGAUUGACAUCAGGCUUAUCCCAAAAGAUCAGUAUUACUGUGGAGUGCUGUAUUUCACAGGCAGUGAUAUAUUCAAUAAGAACAUGAGAGCUCAUGCUCUGGAGAUGGGAUUCACCAUCAAUGAGUACACAAUCCGCCGCCUGGGAGUGACUGGAGUUGCUGGAGAGGCCCUGCCAGUGGAAUGUGAAAAAGACAUUUUUGAUUAUAUCCAGUGGAAAUACCGAGAGCCAAAGGACCGGAGUGAAUAACAAACUGCUCGUCUGGGUUUAGAGCUUAAAGAUAUUUCCACAGCUUUUUACAAAGGUGUGGAAGUGCACAGUCUUACCUUGAAUGUUACUUGAAAAACUGUAUUGCUGAUGUCUAAAGCACAUCCAUGGCACUUGAACAGACCAGGAUGUCGUGAAGAUAAAUCCCAUGAGAUUCCACUUUUGUGUAGUCACAGAAUAAUUUGGGUUGGAAGGGACCCUUAAAUGUCAUUUUGCCCAGUCCCCCUGCCAUGAACAGGGGUUCUUUGACUAGAGAAGAUUGCUUAGAGCCCCAUCUUUGACUAGAUAGGAUUGCUUACACUCCCAUUUUUGACUAGAGAGGAUUGCUUAGAGUCCCAUUUUUGACCAGAGAGGAUUGCUUAGAGUCCAAUCUUGAAUGUUUCCAGGGAUGGGGCAUCAGCAUCUCUCUUUGUAUCUUCUAUUUAUGUAGGUACCAGAAUGAAAAAAUGCUGAGUAUCAUGAAACACUCCUACAAAAUAAAUACCAUUUUUAACUAUUCUCUGUAUCUCCUCACACCCCUGUUAAUGUCUUGGGGCAGUGCUGAAGCUCAUGAUGAGUUUAUCCUUUAAAAUCUCAAAAUGCACUCCAUGCUAAGGUGGCCAUUCUCCUGUUACAUGGGAAUUUAUUCCUAGACAUGUUGUAAUAUUGAUUGCAGUGCUCUGUGUUUCUUUGGGUUUGGUCUGAUUAAUUUAUGCAUUGCUACCACUCCUGUAGAUUCAAUCUGCCCUUUUUUAUAUGCAAACCUGUCAAAUCUUAUUUUACACCUCCCCUUUAAAUAUUGAGUAUUAUGGAUGAGUAUAAAUAAUGAGUGUUUUGGAUGUGAGAAAAGUUCUCUUCAAUAAUGCAUUACUGGUUGUGAUUGGGACAGGGAUUCUGUUGUUUAACUUAAAAAAAUGCUAAUUAGUAACUACUUCCAUGAAAUACACAGCAUGAGCAGUAUUGCUGCUGCUGUAUUUGAAUAAUUUAUCUUAUUUUCAUUUAAUUUAAGCCUGCAGAACAAUUUCAUUUUCAACUUAUACAAGGAAAGUUGAUCAAUCUUAGUAAUGGACAUUACAGGCUGAUGCUCUCACCUAUUUAAUUUCUUCCAUUUUUCUUGUCAGGAGUUUUAAUGAUUUUCUGGGAAUGUUCCCCAGUGCUAAUGCAUGCAUGGUAUGGAAGAAAACUAGAAGUGAACUUGGUGCUAUGUAAAGUAUUUUGAUGCCUCCUUGUAAAAAUAUAUACAUAGCUGAUAUAUUUAGUAUUUUCUUCAGUUAUCAGUGGGAAUAAACAAAUUGAAUAGUCCAUCAUGAA